UUGUGUCGGAGAAGAGGCUGGGCCCGGCAGAGUCCCGGACCCGAGAGACCAUGGCCCCCGGCAGUGGGCGCUGGCAGGUGUGCCUGCUGGUGGUCACCGGCGUGAUGGCGGGGCCACCUCCGGGCCGGGAGUGCUCCGCGGAGAGGAUGGAAAACACCAUCAUCGAUAUCAACCUCUCCUUGCUCAAAGGCGUCCGAGGAGCGGAGCCCACGUACGUCCCAGCGCCCGAGGCUUGUGUCCAUGCCUGCUGCUCGGGGAUAAAGAUCUCAGGAGACAAGAAGUGCAAUCUGAUGAUUUUUGAUCCUCGAAGGACAAGCGCACAUCCAAACUGCUACCUGUUUUACUGCCCUAGUACUGAGGCUUGCCCAAUGAAACCCGCAACAGGACUUGUGAGCUACAAAAUAACUAGAGAUACGCAUGCCCCACAGGAUACAUCCUUCGGGAGGGAGGACUUUUUUUCAAAUGAGUAUUCUUUGUCUUCAGAUGCUGGAGCCUUUAUUUCUCACAGCCAGACUAGCCAUCAGAAUCGUACUGCUGCUUUGCAACAAUCUGUCUUUCAUCAGGCAUCUGAACUCCCAAACCACAUGGGCAAGCAUUUAGACAACACUGAAUUUCAUACAGUUUUUCCUGAAUAUCAAAGGGCAAAACAUCCUGAGAGCUUAGACCUUAUCCCAAAGCAGAAAGUAACUCACCUGCCACCAAACAUGUCUUUUGCUGAUCAAAAUGGAAAGCCCUCUGUUUUGUUCCCCACCACUCAGUCUAAUGUUCCUGAACCCAGCAGUAGUACUCUCACUCCUCUGCCUACAAGUACCACCCGACUGGAAUCUCAUACAACCUCUCUGCAUUCUGGUGGUGCUAAACUUACUCCUGUCACCACCACCAACAGAGCUACCUUUCCACCUACUGCGAUUGCCAGAGUGAAGCCUGGUAUCGCUGCCAUCAGCACUGCUGUUACUCAGGUUCCUCUUUCUAGUUCCACAACUUCUGCUUCUACUUCUACAACCAAGUGGGUGACCACAACUUCCAGAUCUGCUGCUACCUCAUCAGGGCUAAGAACACCACCUAUCCCUCCUGAGCCAACGGUUGUCUCUUCCAACGUUACUAGCCAUGUAACCCUCUUCUCUUUUUCAGGUUUCACUCUGUUUGCUAGUGAUUCCCCCAGGUCUUCCCAAAACAAUGCUCAGGGUUAUGACCCAUCUGAUUUAGAAAGCUAUCUGCCGGAGAGCCAUCUGAGAGGGAGGGAUGUCACUCAGCUGGGAGAAAAAAGCAGACUUGUAGCAGCUUUGCUUUUUGGGGUUAUAUUCUUAUUGCUUGUUAUUGCAUUGACUGGGAAGAAAAUACAUGAAUCUUUUCAGAAGAGGCAUUAUACUAGGCUGGAUUACUUGAUCAAUGGAAUUUAUGCUGAUGUAUGAUAGGGAGAGGGAUAAGAUUGUGAGGAGCAUCUCUCAUUUUUGAGAGGACAACUCUGAAAUGGAACUGUAGACACUGAAAUCUCAGAAGAGGAUGGAUUCCUUUUUUGGCCGCUAAUGGGAAAGUGGCAGAUGGCUUUGGUGGAGUAGAGAACUGCUCUUUCUACACUGAACUAUAAUGUCUAUCAUUUUUGAUUUAUGACUGAAUCCCAAAAAUAAACACUCAAAUCCAAGUUAAGCUAAGAAGGUCUUAUAUUUAAGGAGAAAAAGCAUUUCAAGAGCUUAAUCUGUACUAUGAUGAGAUUAGUGGCAUAGAAGUACACCUAAUAAACUGAGUACCUGUGCAGUG